AAAAAAAGUUAUAUUUUAUAAUGAUUCGAUUACCCGGUAGUGGUAAUCAUAUUUGUAGAAUAUGUUUAAAAUCGAAAUCUGAGGAAAUGUAUUCUAUUUAUGAUAAAUUUUCCCAAGACUAUAAUGAACCCAUAUUUUGUAUGAUUAUGUAUUGUGCUUCCGUAAUUAUUUCAAAGGAAGAUGGAUUACCUGAUUUAUUAUGUUCUUCGUGUAAAUUACGUUUAGAAACAGCUUAUGUUUUUAAACGAGACUGUGAACAAUCAGAUGCAAAGCUUCGAAUGAAAAUAGAAGUUGACUAUAACUACGAGCAAGAAAAUUAUGUUACAGACAAUUUAGAUAGCACAAAUAAUUCUAAUAUUGCAAAUGUUAAAUUGGAAAAUGAUACAAAAACAGAAGUAUUUCACUAUGGAAAUGUUGAUAGUGAUGUAAGAGAUUCACUUGAUCCCAUUCAACAUAAUAUACUUGCAGAUGAUGCUACAGAAAAACAAAUUGAUGUGAGUGAAGAACAUUACAUGAAAGUAGAAACUUUAUUAUCUGAAGAUACUAAUUCAAACAGUUGGCCACAAAUCCAUCAAACAACCGGAAACGAGAAUACUAAAUUAAAAAAGAAAAUACGAAAACAUACAAAACGUACCAAACGAACACUAUUAGAUAAAACGAAAACUCGAAGAAUUUGUUAUGAUUGUUUAAAAUCGUUUAAUACACAAGCUGAUUAUGAUACUCAUAUAGCUCAACAUACAACUCAAAAAUAUGCAUGUGAUUAUGAUAAUUGUAAAACAGAAUUUGUGAGCUAUUUAAAGUAUGCGUUGCACCGAAAAAAUGACCAUUUUAUUAAAGAUUAUUUAAGGUGCAAAGAAUGCCAGAGAAAUUUUAGCAACAAACUUAGUUUUGAUAGGCAUUUAUAUAAUCAACAUGGCGAUUUACCAUUUGGGUGUUUAAAAUGUUCAAAAAUGUUCCCAGAUGAAAAUUCAUUGGAAAAUCAUUCAAAAAUACAUUCAAAAGAAUAUAAAUGUGAAUUUUGCGAGAAAGUUUUUUCGACAUCAUUUCGUUUAACGAGUCAUACACGCUUACAUACACAAGAAAAACCUUUUGGUUGUACUGAAUGCGGAAAAAGUUGGACUGAUAAAUCAAGUUUAAAUAAACAUUUAAAUCAAUAUCAUAAAGAAUUAGGCAGUAGAAGAAGGGUGAAAAGUCAUCUGUGUUCAUAUUGUGGACGAACAUUUGAUCGUUUAUCCCAUUUAACAAUACAUAUACGAACUCAUACAGGUGCAAAACCAUUUCGUUGUGAAUACUGUGAACAUCAAUGUCGUACUAAACAACAUUUAAGUUCACAUAUGCGUAGACAUACCGGUGAUCGUCCGUAUAAAUGUAGUUAUUGUGAAAAAUCAUUUGCUGAUCGUGGCUACUUAACUGUUCACGAACGUUUUCAUUCUGGACAUAGACCUUACAUCUGUUCAACGUGCACUAAAGGUUUUACAAAUAGUAAAGAUCUAAAAGUACAUGAACGUACACACACUGGUAUGAAAUUAUAUUCAUGUGAUAUUUGUCAUAAUAGUUUUACAACGUUGCAUUAUUUUAAAGUACAUACAAAGAAACAUAAUGUAAAUACUACGAAUAAUCCGCCAACGUAA